UGACCAGUCUCACACUAGCACUCCUCCUUCUCCAAUGUCUCUCUCUUGUCGCACCCUUCAUCACAUUCACAGUGCACAGUUAAUAAUGCAUUCGAAACUGUUUCUUUUCAAACCCCUUUGUUUCUCGUCCCACACACGAUCACCUCCCACCUCGUAAAAUCAUGUGACUACAAAAAGUGUCGAAAAACAAACACAACUUUGGAAAAUCCUUAAUUUUUCGUAAAUACUUCCAAACACACACACAUAUAUAUACAUGGUGCUGUUUUGUUGGUGAAGAAACCAAAGAUAUUCAAAGACACAUCAUAGUUUGUGCAUAUAUAUAUAUAUAGAAUAGAUAUAGUCUUCUUCUCAAGAAGUCAAAGAGACCAAUUUUGCCACCCCAAUUGAGCUAUUCAACCAAUGAAAGACACCACCGCCGGUACCGCUGCCGGCGAUGGCAUCAAGCCGUGGAGCUCCGGUGGCAGCCACCUUUGGGCCAGAAGGGCUAUGCAACUCACCAUGUUCCUUGUUGGGUUUGCUGUGUUGUGGAUGUUUCUCUAUAACACUGCCUCUCCCUUUGGAUUCCCUGGCUUCUCACAUUACUAUAUUGAUGAGUCAGCAAAAGUUGGAUAUGAUCCAAAGCUAGCGAGUGUCCUUAGAAACGCAUGUAUGAAGGAUAAGACAGUGAUAAUCACAACUCUAAAUGAUGCAUGGGCAGAGCCAGGUUCCAUAUUUGACCUCUUUCUUGAGAGUUUUCGCCUAGGGAACCAGACAAAAAAGUUUUUGAAUCACUUGGUGGUAAUAACUUGGGACCAAAAGGCACAUGCUCGUUGCCUUGCUUUGCACAAGCAUUGUUACCAAGUUGAGACUAAAGGUGACAAUUUCACCGGUGAAGCAUUUUUCAUGACAGCAGACUACCUACACAUGAUGUGGAGAAGAAUUGAAUUCCUUGGUACAGUCCUUGAUAUGGGGUACAACUUUGUGUUCACGGAUACUGAUAUAAUGUGGCUUAGAGAUCCUUUCAAACAAUUUUACAAAGACACAGAUUUCCAAAUAGCUUGUGAUUUUUUCAAUGGCAAUUCCUAUGACUUAAACAACCAUCCAAAUGGAGGGUUUAAUUAUGUGAAAUCGAAUAAACGAACUAUUUUGUUCUACAAGUUCUGGUUCAACUCUAGGAAUGCCUACCCAAAGUUGCAUGACCAGGAUGUGCUCAACAAGAUAAAAAAGGACUCCUUCGUUUCCAACAUGAAGCUGAAGGUUAGGUUCCUUAGCACUAGUUAUUUUGGAGGGUUUUGCCAGCAUGCAGAGGACUUCAACAAGGUCUCAACAAUGCAUGCCAAUUGUUGUGUUGGUUUAGAAAACAAAGUCAAUGAUCUCAAAAUUUUGCUUGAGGAUUGGAAGAAGUAUGUGGCAUUGCCUGAAAGUAAGAAAAAUCAGUCGCAUCCUUCUUGGAGCGUAAGUUGCAGGACGUCCUUUGAACGUGCCAAACAAAAGAAGCAGAAGAAUAAAGGGAGAUUGCGACGGGCAUUGGUUGUAACUGUUUGAUGCAUGUAUAAAGAGGUUGGAGAAUGAUUGCCUCAAAUUUCGGAUCACAGCAAAAGAUUUAGGUUGCCAAAUCAAUUCUUUUGCAUCAGAAAAGAAAUGUGUAGAACAGAAACGGUACACAUUAAAAUGCAGGAAACAGAGAAAAGUUUGUUCAAGGAGUAACAAUUCUGACACAUUGUAACUGUGAAUUUUUUCAAUGGCUUCUUUAGUCAAAGUUCGAUUCCUUACUUCUUGUGAUGAUGGCCAAAACUAUAAUGCUGCCAUUUCUUACGUAUUUACUUUAAUCUUUGCAUUUUUAUAAUUGACAGUUUAUAUGAAUUUUCCUUGAGCUGUAAAAUUCUAUCUUGAAAAACUGAAAAUUUCUUUAUCCCCC